AUGGACCAUCAUCAAGACCAAUGGCCAUCAAAUUAUUUAUGGCCACAUAAUCCACAGUCUAAUCAGCCCGCACCAGAUCCUGCGACCCACACCUUCAUUGUAGCAGAUCUAAACAACAUUAAAACACAUCAUGGACCCAACACACUUGAGUUAUCCAUACUUUCGCUAACUGAUUCUGGGGAAGAAAGCAAAGGAAGAUUGUCUGCAGUAAAAGAAGAGGAUCCACUGAGGUUGGCCAGGAGAGAAAAAGAUAUUCUGUAUGGAAAAACCACAGAUGCUUACAAAAAAUAUGUAUCAACUAUUCCAAAAAACCUACGAAGUGGAGACCUGAAAUUGCACCCUAGAACUCCUGAAAAAACAAGAAAGUGUAGUCGCAGAUCUUGGGACUCUCAGGUUAAGAUAUGGAAACGUCGACUUCAUUCAUGGGCUGGACUGCACUGCAAACAAACAGACUCUGAUUUAUUAUCUUCAACGAAUAAUGUCCCAUCUGAUGUUGCUUCUGGUGCAUCUUCAAAUAAAAGUGAUGAUGACAAUAUUGACUUAGGUGAUGAGGAUGAUUUUUUAGACAGCAUUGAUAUCAGUUUUCAAGUUGCUGAACAGAUUGAAGACACAAUAAAAUUGAAUGAUAACUAGAUCUAGAGGACAGAAGACUGACAUAGCAGUUGUUGUUAAUGUGGCAAUAUUUUUUUAAAACAUGUAUAUCCAGCACCCCUUCAAACAGAAACAGGAAUUAAUAUAAUAAAUGCUUUUAUGUUUGUACAUGAAUUUAAGAGUGAGUACUUAAAUUGCUUUUUGGAAGUAGAAAAAACAGGUGAGGUAAUAGAUUACUAUACCAGUCUGUACAGUUUUUCCUUCAACUCUGUCUUUGUGAAAAUGUUUAGUUCUUUAAAGUGGAUAUCUUUCUGUUAUUUUUUUCUAAAGACGUACCAAGUACCAUAUUAAAAUGUUUUAAAAAAUUAAAAUUUACUUUAUUCAGUCAUUGCUUUUUAAAUAUUUUAAAAAUUAUCUGGAGAAGUUAUAGUGCUGUUUUUUUUCCCCCACAUGCUUUUUCUAAUACUGGGUGACUCUAGUGAAAAGGUGUCAUAAAACUGGUUAAUGAAUACAAUAUUUUUUGGCUAAUUUCUAAUCAUUUUUCUGAGUUAUAGAAAUUUUUAAAAUAGUAACACUAUUUGCCAUAUUAUUUCAUGUCAAGCCUAUCAAUAAUUAUGUAAAAUAAUUACAUAAUUUUUAUUACCUUACUAUAAACACAAUGGUAAGUAUCAAAUAAUGCUAGCAAAUUUAAAGUGUUAUUGUAGCUACAUACUGCAUGCUACUAUUUCAGUUAGUUGUUUCAUUUUUGAAAAGGCAUCCCUUUGGAAUUCAGCAUUUCAUUCCCAUUGUAUAGAAUGACAACAGCUAUUAAGAUUAUUCAGAUAUAGUUUUAACAAUUUAUCCAGUUGUUUCUCUUCUUUGGUGGCUAUUUUUCUAUAAAAUAAGAUGAAAACUAUGUUAAUAUCUCUAUUUUUAUGUGUAUAUACAAGCACAAAAGUUUUUAUACUUAGUAAAUAUUUAUGUUAGUUAAUACUUUACAGGUUUUUUUUAAACAUUUGUAUUUCAUACCUGCAUAUUUUCAUUAACCACACAAAGAAAAAGAUAUUUAUUAUAAUACAAUAA